UUCGAUGUCACUAAAGGACCCGUUUGUGUCAAAUGGUUAGAUGGAUGUCAAACCAAUAUGUCUUACAAUGUCUUGGAUUUGGUUAUCAAUAAAGGACUCGGAAGUCGUGUCGCCUAUUAUUGGGAAUCCAAUGAUAGCAAAUCACACAAACAAAUCACUUACAAUGAAUUACUGCGCGAUGUCUGCAAAUUUGCAAAUGUGUUGAAAGGGUUGGGCAUUAAAAGGGGUGAUAGAGUGGCCGUAUAUAUGUCGGUAACCAUAGAGUUGGUCACUGUUAUGCUGGCCUGCGCUCGC